ACUCAUUCUCGACUUCUCCGUCUUCUCUCUCGGUGAUCUCGUCUUCUCUCUCGCGAGUCUCGUCGUGUCUCUCUCGAACCUCGUACCUCGUCGUCUCUGUCUCAACUUCUCCUUAUUGGUAAGAAAUCAUCCGUUUUUUUUAUCUUUAUGUUGCUGCUGUCUCGAAUUUGGUUUAUCUCACAUUAUCUGUUCGUGAUCCUCUGUUUUAUAGAAGCUUCAAGAGAAAGCAUCACUGAGGGAAGGAUGAAACUUAGACAAGAUUGGAGAUGAAGAAGAAGCAAGAUAAGUUCGAACAUUCCUUGUCUUUAGUCAAAUAAAUUUUUAAAACUGAUGUCGAUAGUGAUUGUUUUAUAAUAUUGAGGCCACAUUAUCUGUUAGAUUACUAGUACAUUGUUUGUGGAAAUGGAUAUGCUUAAGUUUGCCUCUGUUUUGUAUAAGGUAGCGAUGGUGGGAUUGAUUUUUAGGUUUCUGUUUUAGUUUUCGUUUAUCUCAUUACAGAGACUACGUUUUUAAUUAUACUUUGUUUGUUGGUUGUGUGAGGAUUGAGGAUGUCUGUGGAAGAAAGGCAUCGGAAUGGUACUUAACAUGAUCAAAUCAAAGCUUUUGUCUUCAUCUUCACAGUUGAGAUAAGGUGGAGUGAAGAAUGAAGCCAAGACGUUAACAACUCGUGACACAAGGAUCCAAGACCAAAGACAUGUGACACAAAAAGCAAAGUUGUGUGUUGCCUGUGACCCAAUAAGCCAAGACCGAAGACAUGUGACACAAAAAGCCAAGUUGUGUUUUGAAAAAUUUACUCUAUAAGUUGCGUGUCUCUUCUCUUUGUUCAAACAUAUAUUUUCUCUCUUCUCGUCUGUUGAAACGUAUGUUUUUAUCUUAUCAUUUCACCAAAUCCAAAAUCUUUAUUAUAUUGUAUUUCUCUUAUCAUUUCACCAAUCCAAAAUCUUUAUUUUUCUCUUGACGUUUCUAAUUCAAGAUUACAUUUCUAAAUGGAUGCUUCUUCCUCUAAUAAAUUUGACGACUUUAUGGAUGAAAAGUUCGAUCAAAUCUUCGAUCAACAAUUUGAUAAUCUCCUCACUCGGGCUGAAAAUCGUCAAGAAGCAUCAAGAUCAAAAAAAAAACGAGCUUACAUUGAAAGACAACGCGAACAAGGGCACUUACAGUUAUGGAACGACUACUUUAGUGAGGAUGCAACAUAUCCUUCUCACAUGUUUCGACGCCGUUUUAGAAUGAACAAGUCAUUGUUCAUGCGAAUCAUUGAUCGACUCUCCCCUGAAAUCCCAUACUUUCAACAGAGAAGAGAUGCUACUGGAAGGUUAGGUCUCUCUCCGUUACAAAAGGCAACGGCAGCAAUUCGUAUGAUGGCAUAUGGUUGCCCAGCUGAUGCGGUCGACGAACACCUCCGACUUGGUGAGACUACCGCGCUUUUAUGCUUAGAACAUUUUGUUCAAGGAAUCAUAAAUUUAUUUGGAGCUGAGUAUCUAAGAACCCCCACUCCAGAAGAUCUUCAACGACUACUCGAUAUUGGAGAGAUACGCGGAUUUCCCGGGAUGAUAGGAAGCAUUGAUUGUAUGCACUGGGAGUGGAAGAAUUGUCCGACCGCAUGGAAAGGACAAUAUACACGUGGAUCCGGAAAGCCAACAAUUGUUCUUGAGGCUGUAGCUUCACAAGACCUCUGGAUAUGGCACGCGUUUUUCGGCCCUCCAGGUACAUUAAACGAUAUCAAUGUUCUUGAACGAUCACCCGUUUUUGAUGAUAUAUUACAAGGUCGAGCUCCGAAAGUUAACUAUACUGUCAACGGACACGAGUACCGUUUGGCUUACUAUCUCACAGAUGGUAUUUAUCCAAAAUGGGCUACGUUUGUCCAAUCUAUUCCACUUCCGCAAGGUCCAAAAGCAUCUUUAUUCGCUACAUAUCAAGAAGCUGUACGUAAAGAUGUCGAGCGAGCUUUUGGGGUCUUGCAAGCUCGGUUUGCCUUAGUCAAAAAUCCAACUCUUUUAUGGGAUAAAAUAAAAAUUGGAAAGAUAAUGAGAGCUUGUAUCAUCCUACAUAAUAUGAUCGUCGAAGACGAACGAGAUGUGUACACCCAGUUUGAUGUUUCGAUUUUCGAAACAUCGGAUUCAAACCGAAGUUCAGAAGUGGAUCUCUCGUUUUCUACAGAUAUGCCUUCAAAUCUCGGCAAUAUGAUGAGCAUUCGGAAUCAAGUUCGUGAUCGAACAAUACAUCAACGAUUGAAAGCGGAUUUGGUUGAGCAUAUAUGGCAAAAAUUUGGAACAAAUUAAGAUUUCAACUAAGCUGUUUUUUCUCGUCUACGGUUUAUAUUUGUAUGUUUAAUAUGCUUUUAUGUCAUUUUUAAUAAAAAUUUUAUGUAUCAAUUUCUUUCAUAUCAUUCAACUUAAAAAAAAAAAAAAAAU